AUGAAAAGGAGAAACGGAAACAAAGAUCGAUACCAAAGUUCGUCGCUUUCCUCGGCCAAAGGCUCGCAAGAAUCGAAACCUUGUGAGAUCUGUGGAAGUGUUGGCAUUGAGGAUUUGAUAAUGAUAUGCUUCAAGUGCAGAGAAACACGAGAGCAUACCUAUUGCGCAAGGGUACUAUUACCAUCUGUCCCGCCAAUUUGGUUAUGUGAAGUGUGCAGGUCCUCAUCUCGCAGAUCGAUCAAAUAUGGUGCUGCUGUGGUGGAUCUAAUGGAUUUAGAAACCACUCAUUGUGCCUCAGAACCAAAGAACUCUACCAAUUCCGGAGAGAAAGAUCAUGUGACUGCUAAAUUAAGAGCUCAUAACAUGGAAGAAGCUGGAGUUUCUUUGCCAGUAAUCCUUCAGACAUCCACAAGCGACUCUGGUAAUGAAAUCUCAGGAAAUGUGAUUUGUCCACCUUCACAGCCACAUACAAGUCCAGUAGCUAAAAAAGCUUCCUCGGUCCUCAAUGACACAUCUCAAGACAAAGAGCAGCAUCAACUAUCUCAGGCCGUUCCUAAAAAGCCACGGACGUUUCGGUUGAUAGGCAAACACCAACAGACUCUGAUCUCUUCUCUGGAUUAA